UUAAAUGGGAUUGGUCUGUUUUGUGUGCGUGUGCAUGUGAGAGAGAAAGAGACAACUAGUGGGAGGCAAGCUUUGUGUGGAGAAACAGAAUGAACGGGCAUUAGAUGCUGUUAUUUUGAGCCAGGUCAUUUAUUCGCCUGUUUAUUGUCGCUUUCUAGGCACAUAUGAAGCGAUAACGUCCGGCUGUGGCAUCGGGAUAGGUUUACACCUCUUGUGGCAACAUCAUCACCUCCGCAAGGAAAUAACGGGCAGGGCUGCUGGUAUAUUUAUUUAUUUUUACCUCAUGCGUCCUGCAACGUUGUGGGAAACGCGGUCGAGCCACGCAGAGAUGUUUCACUGAUCAUGGUUAAUGGUGAGCUGCAUACGAAAGAAAGGCUUCCAAUGCUGAAUAUGUCCACUCCCAGCGACCUCAAGUCUCCCUGCGUGACACGGAACGGCAUGGUCAAGCUACCCCCCCAGCCCAACGGCCUCGGUUCGGCCAGCAUCACCAAAGGCACUCCGGCUGCAAAGAACCGCCUGUGCCAGUCCUCCUCUGUGCCCACCAUCUUGCCUCCCCCCAGUCUCCCCUAUCACCUGGAACCCCUGCCCACAGCGGCCUCGCUGCUGGGUCCCGAUCUGGACACAAGCCCUGUGACUGCCAUCAAACCUCCCCUAAGGCAAUUCUCCAAACCACUGCUGGAGAGGCAAAUGGUGUUGGAUGAGAAGGUGCUGAACCGGCUCUUAUGGUACUUUACCUCGGCGGAAAAGUGCAUUUUAGCACAGGUGUGCAAGACGUGGAGGAAGGUGCUCUACCAGCCCAAGUUCUGGGAAGGCGUGACGCCCAUCCUGCAUGCCAAGGAACUCUACACAAUCUUGCCCAAUGGAGAGAAGGAGUUUGUUAGCCUCCAGGCUUUUGCUCUUAGAGGCUUCCAGGCGUUCUGUCUGGUUGGUGUCUCUGAUUUGGACAUUUGCGAAUUCAUCGACAACUAUCCUCUGUCGAAGAAGGGAGUCAAGUCUGUCAGUCUUAAGAGGUCGACUAUAACAGAUGCAGGACUUGAGGUGAUGCUGGAGCAAAUGCAAGGCCUGAUGCAUCUCGAACUAUCCGGCUGCAAUGACUUCACAGAAGCGGGCCUGUGGUCCAGCCUGAACGCCCGGCUGACCUCUCUCAGCGUAAGUGAUUGCAUCAACGUGGCCGACGACGCCAUUGCUGCCAUUUCCCAGCUACUUCCUAACCUGUCGGAGCUCAGCCUGCAGGCCUACCAUGUCACAGACACGGCCAUGGCGUAUUUCACCGCCAAGCAGGGGUACACCACCCACACGUUGCGCCUGAACUCCUGCUGGGAGAUCACCAACCACGGAGUGGUCAACAUGGUGCACAGUCUGCCCAACCUCACCUCCCUCAGCCUGUCGGGCUGCUCGAAAAUCACAGAUGACGGCGUGGAACUGGUUGCUGAGAACCUGAGGAAGCUCAGGAGCCUGGAUCUGUCCUGGUGCCCACGCAUCACGGACAUGGCCCUGGAGUACAUCGCAUGUGACCUGCACAAGCUGGAGGAGCUGGUUCUGGAUCGGUGUGUAAGGAUCACAGAUACAGGCCUGGGUUACUUAUCCACCAUGUCCACUUUGAGAAAUCUUUAUCUGCGCUGGUGCUGUCAGGUGCAGGACUUUGGGUUACAGCAUCUAUAUGGCAUGAGGAGUCUUCGCCUUCUUUCUCUAGCAGGCUGCCCUCUGCUGACCACUACUGGCCUAUCAGGCCUGAUUCAACUGCAGGAGUUGGAGGAGCUGGAACUGACCAACUGCCCUGGCGCCACAGCCGAACUCUUCAAAUAUUACUCCCAGCAUCUGCCGCGCUGCAUGGUCAUUGAGUAGAGCGGGCGCCAGCACCCUCCACAUCACCAAAACUUCCUCCUUACAGACUGAUGAUAAACCCGACUUCAUCCUGAACCCAUGGGAGAACCUAGAAAUUGAAAGGGAAUUUUUCCAGAGGAAUGAAAAGGGAUCACUGACUUGGAAGGACGAGAGAGGUUGAAACGGGCCUCGACUGAUGAGCGAGAACGAAAAUGUACAAAUCGUCAGAGGCUUGAUCUUUCAUUUAACAACAUGAGCCCCCCCACACAUACAUGAAACAUGUUCCUCCUGUGAACUCAGAGACUGGCUUUCCCGUCUCAUCUUUUAUCUUGAAGUGAAGAAGGUUUGUGAUGCCUCAUAUCUGAGAAGAGAGAGGUGAACCAAAAACUAAAAGGGAAGGUAUGAGUUAAAGGAGCCACCGAAGGGUCUUUACGCUUUGUCUGGCGGUUUCUCGCUUCCUCGCGUGGUGCUGCCUCUUCAUCUCUGUGUCUUAUUAAAGGGAAAUUUUAAGAACUUUGGAGAUGAACAGCUAUGUAGAUUUCACAUCAAUACUACUCGCUUAUUGUCAUGCCGUUGUCUUUUUCUUUAAAUCUUAUUUUUUUAAGUAUUAUUUUUGAUGACGACUGUGAAACGGUACGUGACGGACACUUUAAAUAAGAUGGGAAUCCAGGUACGGACUCGAGAGGUACGACUUCGAGAGGAACCAGCAUAGUCAGAAGGUUAUUCUUAGUCCCAGCAGAAUUCUCUUUUCCAGGUAUUUUGAGUCCAGCUGGGAAGAACGCAGCUUCAACAUUUUUCCUGUGGGACUGUGGUUUGUACAUUAGAUAGCUUUGUAUUUCAUCCCUUUGUUUUAAUUCCAUUUUGAUGGCAGUCGAUAUUAGUGGUUUACGUGCGGGUUUCAAUAUUAAUCCUGAUUCAAAUGAAGAUGAGAUCUACGAGUGAUCCCAUAAUGCAUUGGGCUCGCAUGACGGCUCUUCACAGACUGAAACUGCACAUGGAUGCUUAUUUGUCACCGGGCCGAAUCAUAACAAAAGCGACAGCAUGGCAGUUCUAUUACAGUACGGGCACACCGCCACUUUUAGCCCAAAGUAAAUGAGUCUGUUUGCUAUUAAAUACACGAGAUGAAUACAGUUUACAGCCAUUCGUGGUGAAUACAGACGCAGGCCGGUGCAAACAUCCCACAAAAGCUUCUGACAAUAGACUCACGUAGUUGUUUUGUUUGUAGAAUGCUUUCCCAUUAAGCAAUAUCCAAAUGUCAUUUUUGCACGCAGGGAAAUUUACAGAAACUAGCCGUUUAUUCCAACCGUGACCUCUACGCACUCACCCCAUCUCAAACCCUGCGUUUGUCCUCUCAGGAGUUUAUCAUGCUGCUCACUUCAUCUGGGUCUGUUGUGCUGCCGAGCUUUAGGUAAAUACUGUCCACCAAGUCUCAGAUUAUGGCCAACUUGAAUGACAACAUCCUUAAAACAUUUUUAAUUCUAAGCAAAUUAUUGUGGGCAUUAGUGGAAAGGUAUGGUCAUAUAUGUGCUAUUUCUGUUUUUCGGGAAAUUGUACAGAAGGGAAUUCUUCAGAUCGAUGACUAACGGGGUCUUCAAACAUACAGCUAAUCUCUCUCCAAAAGGUGCGGUCACUUGAUAAAAGUGAAUUUCCCUCUGGCACAGAUGAGGUCAGAAGAAUUGCAACAUCUCCGUUCUCAAAGUGGACACUAUCCCACCCAAUCCUAAAUCCUGUAGGCUUUAAAGAUAAGAGACUAUAUCUGCUACACUUACACAGCUGAUCUUUCUUCAUGUAUAUAGUGGCCUCUUUAAUGAAGGGCUGGCGGCGUAAACGGCCCCUUAUCCGGAAAAGACCCCGGGUGGUGAUCUCACCACCUUGUGUGACUUUAUCUUUUGAAUCAUUGUGUUUUUACGUUUACUUUUCAUUGGUAGCGGGUUAAUUUAUUGACAUAAUUGCACAUAUUUAUUUAUUUAUUUAUUCAACUUAAUAAUAAUAAUUGUUUGUUUAGGGGUAGGGGAGAUGUUUUUUGAAGGAAGCAGAGGGCGCAGUUGAUUUGUGAAUGAAGGUCGGGUUUGUAUUGUGGAUGAAUCGUGUCCAAGCAGCUUAUUUUUGGUGAUGGCCGAGUUGACCCAUCUUAGACCCUGCUGGCUCUCUUCCCCUCGUGAUUUGUUUCUAUUGUUUUAUUUUUGUUGUAAAAUGGCCGUCUGUUGAGAGACACUGUCAUCUAGUGAUUUGGGAUUGGAUGUUGAAUAUUCUACACCAGUUCACAUGCCUGAGCUCACUCAACCCUGCAUUCGGUUGCUCCAAUGUUGUUACUUGCGGAAAACAUGCAGUAUUUACAGUCAACGGGUUUUCUUGCGAAGAAAAGAACAGCUUUUAAGAUCCCCAUCAAAAAGCUUUUCAUCCUUUAUGUAUCCAUUGAUAACAAACCAGAACCAUUUGAGAUGAAAUACAGAGUGAAUAAUUAUUAAUAUAUCACAAAGUGUUUGAGGACAUAUAUGAGGAUAUUGUAUUAAUCUUGUAUAAAAAUCAUUUUUCAUUUCAAACGACUUUCUCCUCUUUGUAUGGAAUGAGAUUUUAUGCGCGUGGGAUAAACUUGUUUUUUACAUAAUAGAACCCUAAAUAUUAUAUAAUAGCUCAUGCACUAACCCCACUGUAACCUGUAUAUAUUUUUCAAAAUGUUGAGGUCAUCCAUCAGGAGGUUGUGUUUUUUAGGCUGCUUGGCUCUUAUCUACACUGCUCACGAAACACAGACCAGGGAGAGUCAACGGAGAAACUGCGAGAAAUGUGCGACUACACUAUCUUCUAAAUAAAGUGGCAAGUUAUGCAAAAAGGUCUUUCAGCGAUGAAUUACAUCAGCAAUCGAUAGUAUAAAAGACUGAUUUAACGUUGUAGGUCGAGCUAAUAUCAAAGACAAGAAGAAAAUGAACAGAUGUUUAUGUGUGUGUACUAUGACAUUAAGUGGGCCGUGUGCAUUUGCCUUCUGGCUUCCCCGUACGACAGAGGUGGGCAAGUUGAUUUAAUAGAGAAAGUGAAGCUACAUCACACGGUGUUGAAUGUUGCGCCACCUUGGGAGGAUGAAUGCUAGUGCGUUCAAUGCAACGUUUCGUUUUUCUUGUUUUAUUAGGAAAUAUAACUAUAGCAGGUCGGUCUUGCUGUGCUAAAAACUGCAAUAGCAUUACGCAGAGUCAUUCAGGAAAAAACCCUGGUUCUUUCACUUUCGAUUAUUGCAUAUAUCAAACAAAACAAGUAAUGGUACAUAUCAAAAAAAAUAUAAUAGCAGUGGAGUAAUAUCCUUUCAAGAUGGCGGCGCCACUGCAACAUGCAACAUAGGGCAUGGAGUCAGCUUCACAUUCUCUAUACUGGUACUACUGUGUGAAUUCUGCUUUAUUACAGACAAAUCUGAUUGGCAGAUAUAGAGCAGUUCUUUCUGAUUUAAAGCAUUUUGAAAGCCAAUUUUCAUGAAUAGUGCUAUUCUAUUCUCACUCAAUGAAGUUUUACUAGCUUACCACAUCAAGAGUGUGUUGGCAGUUUCGGUUCAGCCUCCAGCUUGCUUUUAACUCUAAAUGUCUGGCGCUUUUACGCUAACAAAAUCAUUUAUUCCUCUUCCCAUCUUACAUUUCAGGACCUUUUGGAUUUUGGAGACAAAAUGUCAAUUAUGUGAUAUAACAACAACAAUAGUGAAUGAAAACUAUUCUGUUGGCUUUUUGUAUGUACUUGUUCAUGUAAUACUUCUAUAAUAUUAGUAACGCUUUUGACAUUCAUACAGGGUCCGUAACAAACGACUUUUCUCCUGGUGCGAACACCUGGUCGCGUUGACUGUUGUUCAACAGCCUAUGAGCAAUGUUAGAUCUCCGCCUCAUUUAUUAGCCAUUUCUGUUCUCUUUUGUGACUUGGGCAUGUCACAAUUCACGGUUCUUUAGGGUAGAUUUCUUUCUGUAAAUACUGUUGUAGUGGUUCAUUUGAAAAGAAUGAUGAAAAAAAUCAAGUUUUAUAAACUACAUCUCAUGGCUGCAGUGCCUUGUUGUUUUCAAUUGGUUGGUUCCAGUCUGCACCGUUUUAGUAAAAGUUGUACAAAAUAACACAAGUGUGUCAUUU